CUGCAGCCGCCUGGGUGGCGCCACCGAGACCCCCGGGUGUUCGCAGGUCCCGGCGCUCAGGCUGCGACUCCCGCAGCAUCCCCGGCAGCGGCUCCAGCAUCCCCGGUAACUCGAGACUCUCCGAUCGCGCACAACCAGCGGACGCCACCACCAUGAGCGCGGGGCCGCGAUGGCCAGCACCCGGCAGCCUGCCUGCGCUCUGCGCCUCGCUACUCCUGCUGGGUCUGCAGCCGCCACCCGCGCGCACCGAGGGGAAACUCUUCCUGGUGGAGUCUCAGAACGGUUCUCAGGGCCUGGACCUGGAGGCAGCUCGCCUCUCCUGCAGGAGCAGGGGUGCCCACCUGGUGUCCGCUGGGGAGCUGAAGAGGGUGGUCCAAGACUGUGCUUUCGCAGUGUGCACGACAGGCUGGCUGGCUGACGGCACCCUCGGGACAACUGUGUGCAGCAAAGGGAGCGGCGAACAGCCAAUCGCGAGAGCUGUCGAUGUGAGAAUUGACAGCCACCCUGCUCCCGGUGCCAAGUACAACGCCCUUUGCAUUAAGGAUGAAGAGAGGCCGUGUGGAGACCCACCAUCCUUCCCACACACCAUCCUCCAGGGUCGCACUGGCUUAGAGAUGGGGGACGAGCUGCUGUAUGUGUGUGCACCAGGCUCCGUCCCAGGCCGUCGAGAGACCGCCUUCACCUUGCUGUGUAACAGCUGUGGGGAGUGGUACGGACUGGUACAAGCCUGCGGGAAAGAUGAGGCCGAGGCCCACAUUGACUAUGAAGACAAUUUCCCAGAUGACAGAUCUGUGUCACUCAGGGAACUCAUGGAAGACUCCCGGGCAGAGGGAGACGAGGAAAAGGCUCAGGAGGACGCCUCUGAGGAGACACCAAAACAAGACCGUCUGGUCUUCACCUCUGUGUCUAAAGAAAACAUAGCCCAGGAAAAAGCCUUCAUGCCCACCACAGGCUUGCCCGGCACUGGGAGCAGGGUCCACACAGACUGGCCCAGAUCCCGCCUAAACAGGAAGUACUCACUCUGGUUUCCUGCGGAGACGUUCCACAAGUCGGAGCUGGAAAAGGAAGUGGGAGAUGAGACCAAAGAUCCACUUCCUGCUGGAGAAAAUCACAGCGAAGGAAAGCUGGUCCCAGGGGAGUCCGAAACCAGGCUGGUCUAUGCCACCACCUACAGCCCCUCGGAGCCGUUUGUGGAUAGGAACGACAGCAGAGCAGAGGACCCGGUGGUGAGCAGCAGUGACGACUCUUGGUUAGAUGGCUACCCUGUGACAGAUGGGGCCUGGAGGAAGGUGGAGGCAGGGCGGGAGGAUGAUGGCUCAGUGGGACUGGACGAAAGUGUUCUCGUGACCCCUGACCAGCCUACUGGGAAAGUUGAGGUGCAGAAUGCCACCGUCACCACAAGCGAAUCUGUGAUACACAGUUCGGUUGUUCCAUCUGAAAUGCUCGAUGUAGAGGCAUUGGUUCCAGGGCCCAUGGAUGUGUCCGAGACUGAGGGUCCCCACACCGGCGAUGGUGACUUGACUAAGUAUCAAUCAACUAUACCCCGGAGAGUCACCACAGAGCGGUCACCCAUGGCCACCUUACCCUAUGAACUCACCAUCUCCACCCAAGAGACGGUCCCAACAACUGUGCAGCAGACAUUUAAACUCAACCCCUCAACUAUUGUGGAGGCCACCCAGCCUCCAGCAGAGGCCACAGCUCCUGAGGUUCAGGACAACUUCCCAUACCUACUGUCUGAGGACUUCUUGGGACAGGAGGGUCCUGGGCCUGGUGCAAGCGAGAAGUUUCUUCCAACCUUGGCACCAUGUGUGGGGAACGAGUGUCCCAGCUUAAGGAGAGGCCCAGUGAUCGCCAUCAUUGUCACUGUCCUGUGUCUGCUGCUGCUCCUGGCGGUGGUGGGGGCUGUGUGGGGCUACCGCAGGUACCAGCACAAGAGUUCUGUAUACAAGCUGAAUGUAGGACAGCGGCAAGCUAGACACUACCACCAGCAGAUCGAGAUGGAGAAGGUCUAGCCUCUGUCAGCAUGGCUUUUCACAAAGCCGCUCAGAGGAAGGCUAACUGUGAAGCACCACACUGAUAAUUCUCAGGAUCGAAGGUGGAAAGGGUUCACCCUAAAGUUCAAGUCUUCCUUCUACACACUGAGAAGUGUCUCUGGAGGCACCUAGAGAACGGAAAGGGUCUGGUGGAGUCCCCCUCAACCGUGCUCCCUGGAAUUCACUGCCCAAAUCACAGAUCUCUGCUUUGGCUCUGUUCCAACGUAAGGUUGGGUUGUUGUUUAAAUCACCUUCUGUUUUUAUCGCACUAAUGUCUUUGCAUCUUUAGGGAGUCACAGACUCCAUGCCCUGAAAUAUAGGAAAGAGUUUCGAUGAGCUGCGCAUCCGGGGGCCGUGUUAGGAAACAGACGUCGCGCUGUGGACCGGGACAGGGAAGGGUCAUGCUGUUGCCUUUCAGUGUGACAGUGCCGAGGACAAACGAGUCGCGAGCCAGAACAUACACUAUACACUUUGGAGUUCCUUCUUCUGUUUGUUGAAGUUGGAGAGAAUUUAACACUGACAUUUUGCCUUGGGGCAUGAGGACCAAACAGGCACAUGCCCACCCCCGGUCCCGCAGUUGUGGGACAGCCGACUGUUUUCCUUUAAGAACAAGGUGACCUUAGUGCCAGUGAGGACAACAUCCGGUGUCCCUGUCUGCUCUGUGCCUACAAGUGCCUGGGAUUGCUACCAGGGCUGAUGACAAAGCCCAACUCUUAGUCUCUCUCGGGAUUAACUGUUUCUCUGAACUCCAGUAAGAGGGAGCGAUGUGGAAGGGGGAAAUGUCUGACAAAGCACAAAGACUGGCAUAUUGAAUACGGGUGCCUGCUUGGCAGAGAAGCAAUGAACGUGGACAUGGAUUGCCCUGGGUUGAUCUAGCCCAGCCAUUUCCUGUCACACUGACCGUCGAGUGGCAUCUCAUCAGGUGUGGUUUCUACAAGGAUGUUUAUCAGACCAGCAACGCAUUACCGGGUGAUUGGUUGGAGACAUACAGUCUUUUCUUUUGGCAUGGAGGGUUGUUUUGGUUUGGUUUUCCAGACAGGGUUUCUCUGCAGCUUUGGAGCCUGUCCUGGAACUCUCCCUGUAGACCAGGCUGGCCUCGAACUCAAGAGAUCUGCCUGCCUCUGCAUCUCGAGUGCUGGGAUUAAAGGCGUGCGCCACCACGAGAUGGUGCACUGUAAGAUGUAAAUUCUCACCCCAGACUCAGGAAGCCUGGGACGGGGCCAGCUCUGAGCUCAGACUCUUCAGAUGGCUCUGAUGUGUAUUCAUACGAAGAGCCGUUGGCUUCUGUCAUCUGUGGUGGUCUUGGAACCCAGGAAGGACUGGAGACAGGGUGGUGAGCACCUCAUGUGCCCUGUCUAGCCUGACCUCAGCAUCUCGACAGCGACUUGUAAGGUGUCACCCCCAUCUGACUCCAGGGUAUUAGCCCAGGAGUAAAUACACCAUAUUUUUCUAUAUGAAUUCCUUCCUGAAGGUGUCAAAGUGACGGCGGCCAUACAUGUAUUCUGAAGCACCAUGGGAGUGUCUAUUUUUGUAUGGCACAAGACAUCCUGGCUCAUGUCUUUGGUGGUGGUGGUUUUACAGUUGAAAAGGAAGUGGCUUAGUGGGGGUGUGGCUUAGUGACAGGGCACUGUCUGGCAGGUGUGAGGUCCUUGGUUCAAUCUCCGGUGUUGUACAUGUUUCACUCUUUUGGCUUUUUGGGGGGGCCACCACCCAGUUCCCAAAUAAAUCAUACAAAUAGGCUUAUUAUUACUUACUAACCUCGCCUUAGGUGGACUUGUUUCUAGCCAGCUUUUCUUAAUUUAUCCCAUCUGCCUUUUGCCUCUGGGCUUUUAACUUUCUCUUCUGUAAAUCUUUCACUCUUACUCUGUGGCUGGCUGGGUGGCUGACCCCUGACAUCCUCCUCUCCUUGUUCUCUUGCUCUCCCUUUUCCUUGUUUCUCCUCCUAUUUAUCCUCUCUGCCCACCAGCCCCACCUAUCCUUGCUCCUGCCUCGCUAUUGGCCAUUCAGCUCUUUAUUAGGCCAUCAGGUGUUUUAGACAGGCAAAGAAUCACAGCUUCACAGAGUUAAACAAAUGCAGCGUAAACAAAAAUCACACACCUUAAAACAAUAUUCCCCAACACUCUUGUACCACAAAAGCAAAUGUGUUGGCUAUGGGAGUUUACCAAAGGAAGAGAAAAGAUCUCACGAUGUGUUUUCAGUGCUGUCACGUGUUUGAUGGAAGCUUUGGGAAACGGUAGGAUCGGUAGCUACGAAUCGGCAUAGAACAUCAUACAAAAUCCCACUGACCAUAACUAGGUUAAACAAAGGCCUGAGGGAGCCUGCUAGGAUAGUCUGCUGCAGAGGAAAUGGAGAAAAUGCUUCCGGUAUGUAGCCAAAGAAGAACUCGACGGAAUCAACCUAGAGACUGUAUAUUUUUAAAUUAGACUCUAAUCUCUUGUGAAGUGGCACUUCUAUUUUUAUUACUAGUUAUAUAAAAUAACCUCUGUCUCCACAUGGGGAUUCUGUCAGUAACUCAAAUUAACCCAGAACACUGAAUUUACAACAACAUGUAAGUAGAUGGUAUUAAUACAAGGGUAUUAAUAAGUUUAUUGUAAAUUAGUAACCCGUGCCAAUGCAUUCUUUUGUAGACAUGGAGUGUAAAGUAAGCUCAAUGCAUUAGCUCAUAAAUUUUACUGACUUGCUGUCUUCUAAAUAAAGAUGAAAGGACAUGAGCCUGCAUGUCAGAAGGGCAUGAGUGACUGGCUCACUAGGAACCCAAGCUGUUACUGCAAAUGCUUUCAGAAUGGUAAUGCUUGUGAAAAUGGGGAGGGAGAAGGGUUUCCUUAAUAUAAAGCUUUUGAUAUAUUUAAA